CGCCCCUUUCCCCGGGUCUCCCCCGCCUGGCCCCGCCCCUCCAGCCGGCGCUGGCAGGCGUGCUGUUGACGCAUGCGCUGAAUGUGCCUCCGGCGGCUGGCCCGAGCUCCACAGGCUUGUGCUUUGCUGCGAGUUGAGUCCGUCGCUUUGGCUUCUCCGGCAUCGGGUGCACCGUCUGCCAGCCGCGUCUCUGGCACCCUUCCUGCCGUCGCUUGCAGGGCGGGGGUCCCUAUCGCCCGGCCGCCGCCGGAUGCCCGUGCGCUCGGAUUGGAAGGGCCUCUUUGUGUGGAUGGGAAGGAUGGAGCCGGAGGAGCAGUGGUGGAAGGGGCAGCUGGCCGGCGACAUCCAUCAGGCGCUGAGAGUCAAGGUCUGCGCUCUCACCUCGGGCAGAGGCACGGGUGGGGGUUGGACCGGGAACUGAAGCUGCCUGUCUACAAGGCUCAUUCACCACAGAUUGGCUUGCGCCGUUAUUUUGCUGACCUCCUCGCCAUCCUGAGCAAUCGCUUCCAGUUAUGCCCCACAGCUCGUCACCUCGCUGUUUACUUACUAGAUCUCUUCAUGGACCACUACGAUGUUGCAGCAAAGCAACUUUAUGUCAUUGCUCUUUCUUGCCUCCUUCUAGCUAGCAAAUUUGAAGAAAAAGAAGAUCGUGUGCCAAAGCUUGAGCAGCUCAACAGCCUGGGCUUCAUGAGCAGCCUGCACCUGGUGCUGAACAAACGAGAUCUGCUCCAAAUGGAACUUUUGUUGCUUGAGACUUUCAACUGGAACCUUUGCAUGCCCACUGCUGCACACUUCAUCGACUACUACCUCUCAGGCUCAGUCCACGAGAGUGACCUCCACAACGGUUGGCCGCUUACCUCUGUUGCCAAAACCAAAGCCUUCAUGGAAAAAUAUGCCCAUUAUUUUUUAGAAGUGUCUCUUCAAGAUCACAACUUUCUGAGUUUUCGUCCAUCACUGGUAGCUGCGGCCUGCAUAACAGCAUCCCGCAUUUGUUUACACAUCAGUCCAUCUCUGACCACUCAUCUUCACCUGCUGACUGGAUAUACGUGGGAGCACUUGACUCCAUGUGUUGAGCUCAUGCUGAUUGCCCAUGACAAUGAUGUCAAAGAAGCCAACAAAACCAAAGGACAACAGUCAGUUCUACAACAACAGACAACAGUGCAACAGCAGCAUCAACACCAAUCUUCACCGCAGCUCCUGUUCCAGCAGACUCCGUACCAACAUCUCACCCAGAACUCCUCAUCCCAACUGGUACAGUUUCAUUCACCUUUGCAACCUCAGGCUUCAAUACAGGCCCAUAGGAGCCAUGUGCAGGGCCGCCGGGCUACCAUUGUCUCAGGAAGUGCUGGCAGCAACUAUACUCUACAGUCAUACCCAAGUUUGCAGGCCAGUUUGCAGCCCACGGUAAGGGCACUGCCUGUUCAGGGACCCAUUGCUAUGCAGGUUGCCAUAACCACAGAACCCAGACACUGCAUCACUGUGGCUUAUGGUAGUAAUUUUUUAAGUGGACAUCACACGUACACAACUGGCUGCUUUGACCGAUGACAGUAAUUACAAACAUGUUAUUUUUCAACAUUCUUCCAAACUGUUAAAUACGAUCUUCUACUUGGCCUUAGAAGCUGUCUCUCAGAAGAGAUGUAAUUUGUUACAUGGAUUGAACUUUUUAUUUAGGAUAUGCAAAAAAAUGCAUUAACAAUGUAGCUUUUCUUGUUAAAUUUUCUGUGAUGGAAGUAUGAUAAUUAUUUUAGACUUUGAGAAUGCCCUCAAUUUGGUAUUCUAAACGAACAUUUUUGAGACAAAGUAGUCCAAUGGGAUGUCGGAAAGCCAUAUGAAAUAUUUUGAUAGAUUUGAAGAGAUCCUUUGUUUGUGAAGAGCAUUUUUAAGCUGCUGCCUUAACUUGCAUAAGGGCUGUUAUUACUGUGACAUUUUUAUAUUGUUUACAUGAAAGCUUUGAGGGGCACACUUUUAUACUUGAAGACAAUGCUGUUGCCCUCAUUUGUUUUAAUUUAUCACUGGCUGCCUGCGAUGUUUUGGUGUAUAACCCAGGGAGUUUUGAGACAUUACUAAGUGCAAUAUGGUUUGUAUCUUAGCUGUACCUUCACUUUAUACUGUUUACUGCACUGUUACUUGUUUCAAUUGCAGGCAAAGCAGUGUCGUAGAUAUCCAGCUCUUAUAUUAAGAUUACUACUAAUCAGUAACAAUUAUAACCUUACCAGACGAUGAUUUCUCUAACACUUGUGAAUUUUUAACCAGUUGCAGGGAAAUGUGGGUGGAUGUGAAUGAUCUGAGAGCUGCUUUCACUGGGAUAUUUUGUUCUUCAGCAAGGUUGGCCUACUGAAAAUUGGAAUUUUAAAAGAAGAGCGAUUUAGGGGAUUAAUUAGUAACAUAUUUUAAAAAUUGCAAUGCGUCUGCCUGCUUGGUAAAGGAAUCAAGAGAUCUGAUUUGUUGAAGGUGCAUCGAAGGAGCUGACAUGACCAAACUAGGAAAGAGUUGCAUGUACAAAUGUAAGUGUGAACUCCUCAAUAAUUACAUUUAUUCAGGUCUCAAGGUUCUACAGAAGGGAAAAAUAUUUAAUACCUCAGGCAGUCUUGUUGACCAGCAUAAAUACAUGACAUUUACCUCAGAGUAGCUUGUAUCUGGCUUGCAUUUCGAUUCCAUACAGCUGAAGGUGACAGUGACAUUGCUGUAGAUGUAGAGUGUAGCAUACCGUCACAAUUUACAUUUGGGUAUUUUUUAUGUUGAUGUAAAAUAAUCCAGUGACUUUAACUGCUAUUUUUAAAAUGCCUAUUUUGAGAACUUUGCUUGAUUGUCUUAAACAGACUUUAUUGUAAACUAACAAAUGAAAUUCAUUUAAGCAGUAAAGUUUAAAAUCUUGCAUUAAUUUUAUGUAAAUUGGAGCUAUCAGAUCUAACAACUAGUCAUUACCUUCAUAAACAUUUGUUUUAGUAACAAUGCAGCUAUUUUAAUUUUCAGUGCUCUAUUUCUUAAUUCUCGUAUUGAGAACAUUAGUAUAUGUUUAAGUCCGGCAGUGUAGAAUUGUUGGUUUAAUUUUCAAGUACUACUAUAUAGGUCAGUAUUACUAUCUGAUUAAAGAAGCAAGCUAUUACUUGGCUCUGUCCUGCACAGUCCUUCCAAUAGUUGAGGUUAGUGUUGAAAAAUACUUCAGGAGACCAAGUUAAUAAAACUAGUCCAGACUCCUAUUCCAGUUACUUGUCCUGAAGUUCUUUGUAGGAUUUUGUGUAUAUGGGCAUAAUGAGGCUUGGUACGGUGAUCAUCAUGACUGAAUUUCUCACCAGCAGUCUACAUUCACAUAUAAAAAGUGACCCAAAUACUGGAAGGUUUACAUUUCCCAGAAAGAUUGGGGAAUGAAUUUUGAAACAAUCUUUUCCUAAUUUGUUUGAUGGGAGUCCUAGACAUGAUUCCAAACGUGUAGCUGAAUAUCCAUUGUUUGCUUCGUUACUGCAAAAAAAAAGGGUCUUGUUUAAAAUACUAACCAUUUGUUUUUUAAGACAAUAAAACAUUUUAGGUUCGUUCAAUGAGUGAAUAGUGCAAUGAUCUUCUAGCUUUAGUUAAAUAUAUCCAAGUCCAUUUAUUUCUUUUGUGUAACAUGGCCUGUUCCAAAGAACUGGUCACUACAUGUGUGCUUUGCUGGUGAUUGCAUGGAUGUGAAUACAGGCAAACACUUACCAAAUAAUGACUUGAAGUUUAGUUUAGAACCACAGUAGUUAUCGGGAAUGCUUCAAUGCCAGUAAGUCCCGCUCCUGGAAAGUCACUCCAGCAUGGAAUACGAACGCUGCUGUUGCAAAUGAUGAAACUUUGCAUUUGCUCAUGUCACGUUAUCAGACAAAAUUACAUUGGAUUAGUCAUCAAAAGUGAAUAGCUGUUGAUUGAUUUGCUGUCAGCCUGGAUUUGUUACAUAUGGAUCUGGAGCAGCCAGAGGGGAAGCUAUGAUUACUGUUUCAUUCCUUACCUGACAGUACAAUUAAAGACAGCUGGAAUUCAUUUUGUGUGCUAUUAUGGCGUCACUGCACUUGCCAUCAUUGUGUGCCGUGUAAGCAGCUUGUACUUUUUUAGUAUAGCGAAAGUUUCAACGUAUCCAGAAAUUCAACUUUUGAUAAAUUAUUUAUUUUUUUAAUGAGCUUGUUAAAUAUAACACCAGGAUGAAUUCCCAUGCAGAACUUUUUUAAACCUCUGAUCAAUUUCUGACCUCAAUCUGCCCAAGUUCUUGGUUCACAUGGUGUUUUUUUCCCUAAAAUAUUUUUAAACAAAACUAAACAACCUCAUUACAAAACAUGUACUUUGAGGGAUGAAUACCAUAUACAGGUUUCACAUACAAUGGUGUUUAAAGUGCCUUCUGCAUUUAAGUAUUGACAUUUUUUAACACUUCAUAAAUAUAAAUUGUUGUGCAACAUUCCAUCAAAGGUAUAAUGGAUGCCUAUUUUAGGCUUAAAACCUCUUGCGAAUUAGCAUUAGACAAGAAUCAAUUUAACUGUAUUAAAUGUUGUGUGAUGGGGAGUGUGAAAAGCUACAUUGCGUGGCUUGCCAAUUAGGAGGUUGGGAGUCUCCCACGUUAAAUUUACUUGAUUGGUUGACUUAAUGUGAUACUGUCUUCUUUGAAAUGCAAACUUUGUUUGAGACAUUGAGCCGACCAGGCACUUGGAUGAGGAUGUGUUAUGUAUGUGGUGUUAUACACGCAUCCUAUUCAAUAGACACUACAACCAGUAAAUUGUUUGCUGAAUAGAAGUAGGGUAAUACACAUUGUAUUAGACAGGACGAUAUAAUGUAAAAUGCAUUCUAGUUGAAUUCAUGAAGGAAUUGUGAAGCUUUGAUUUUGCUACAAUGCUAUUAAACUAUGAGAAACCAAGUGAAAUAACCAGUGACCAAAAAUGUUGUUGUUGUUCCAUUCUGCUAUACAAAGCUUGUUUUAUUCAUGACUGUUUUAAAGGGAUUUCUUUAAUUUGGUGAAGCUUGACAGAUAUCCAUGUAUUUUCAAGAACAGUAAUGCCAGAGUGAGUUACCUGCUAAGUGAUACACUAAUAUUUGCUAGUAUUUCAAUACAUUUUAGAUCUGGUUAAUUGAAGUUUAAACACAUGACUGAUGUGAAAUCCUGUGUACUUUAAAAGAAAUAAAUGCCAGUCUAAUUA